AUGGCUCUUGACCCAAAUGGUAUCUCCUCUGUGCAAAUCAUGAAGGAGAAGAUCUACCAAGAGCUUGAAAGAUGCAAAAUUUCUUACACUAUCAUCGACGUCGGCUGGUGGUACAACGGCUUCAUACCUGAAGUGCCGUCCGGAAGAACUGAUCAUGCCAUUGCACUUCCGGACUUCCUCAGGAACUUGGUCCCUGAAGAUGGAAACAUGAAAACCUAUGUAAUUGACAACGAAGACGUCGGAAAGUUCGUCGCUCGCAUCAUAGUUGACUCCAGGACUGUCAACAAGCGGGUUAUGGCUGCGGGAGCAAGCAUGUCUUUCAAUGAAAUGUUCGCCAUUGCUGAAGAGCUCACGGAGGACACUGUCACCCGAAAGCAUGUUUCGGCGGAAGAGCUCAAAUCCAUGAUUUUCGGCGCAGCCUCUCAGCUCCAAAGCGAUUCGAAUAACUAUCUUCUACUUGUCGGUAAGCUGUGGCUGGAAUAUUACUACUCCUCUUUCAUCGACGGCGAUAAUAGCCCAGAGGGCGUCAAGCACUUGGGCUACAUCGUGGCUGGAGAUCUGUACCCCGAUUUCAAGCCGACCACCUUCCGAGAUUUCUUCCAAGAGACCUUAGAUGGCAAGAGACGAAUCCCAUAUUCUGCGAAAUAA